AUGGAGAAACUGAGGCCGGGGAAAGGCGAACGGCUGGCCUCCAGCCACACGGGAAGACCCUGCCUGCCCUGGAGCCAGCUGCUACUACUUGGGACCCUCCUGAGCUGUGGUCUGGGGGGCAGUGCUCAGGGUCCGGGCGAGUGGACUCCUUGGGGUUCAUGGACCCGCUGCUCCAGCUCAUGUGGGCAGGGAGUCUCCGUGCGCAGCCGGCGCUGCAUCCGGUUUCCUGGUGAAGAGCUCUGCUGGGGGGACACCCAUGAGUACCGUCUCUGCCAGUUGCCGGACUGUCCUCCAAGGGCUGUGCCCUUCCGAGACUUACAGUGUGCCCUCUACAAUGGCCAUCCGGUCCUGGGCACCCAGAAGACCUACCAGUGGGUGCCCUUCCAUGGGGCACCCAACCAGUGCGACCUCAACUGCCUGGCCGAGGGCCAUGCUUUUUACCACAGCUUCGGCCGAGUCCUGGAUGGCACCCCCUGCAGCCCAGGCUUGGAGGGGCUCUGUGUGGCCGGACGCUGCCUCAGCGCCGGCUGUGACGGGCUGCUGGGCUCGGGCGCCCGGGAGGACCGCUGCGGCCACUGCGGCGGCACCAACGACUCGUGCCUCUUCGUGCAGCGCGUGUUCCGCGACGCCGGUACCUUCGCCGGGUACUGGAAUGUGACCCUGAUCCCCGAAGGCGCCAGACACCUCCGUGUCACCCAUCGGAGCCGAAACCACCUGGCGCUGAUGGGGGGUGACGGGCGCUACGUGCUCAACGGGAACUGGGCGGUCAGCCCACCCGGGACCUAUGAGGCGGCGGGGACCCGCGUGGUCUACACCCGCGCCGCCUCCGGGCCGGAGGAGACGCUGCGCGCCGCUGGGCCUACCUCCCACGACCUGCUCCUGCAGGUCCUCCUGCAGGAGCCGAACCCCGGCAUUGAGUUUGAGUUCUGGCUCCCUCGUGAGCUCUAUGGCUCCUUCCAGGCGCAAGUGCAGGCCCUGGGCCGGCCCGCGCGGCAGCCGCAGCCGCGGGAGGUGGAGCUUCCGCGGGCAGAGCCCCCCGCGGUUCCCGCUGCCGUCCCCCCACGGACCCUGACCCCGGCCCCAGACCCCUGCGAGCCCUGUCCGGACACCCGUGGCCGCGCCCAUCGCCUGCUCCACUACUGCGGCAGCGACUUCGUCUUCAGGGCCCACAUACUUGGCCGCCAACACCAGGCCCAGGAGACCCGUUACGAAGUGCGUGUGCAGCUGGUCUACAAGAACCGCUCGCCGCUGCGAACCCAUGAGUACGUGUGGGCACCAGGCCACUGCCCUUGCCCGCCACUGGCCCCCCACCAGGAGUACUUGCUGGCUGUCCAGCGCCUGGUCAGCCCUGACGGCACACAGGACCGGCUGCUGCUGCCCCGCUCUGGCUACGCCCGGCCCUGGAGCCCUGCAGAGGACAGUCGUGUGCGCCUGGCAGCCCGGCACUGCCCUGUCUGA